UCCAAGUGAUCCAACGGUUUUGUAGCAUAAACUCAUAAAGUGGGGGCAAACUGGACUGAAACGUAAACACUGGAUAUUUGUUUUAUUGAUUUUUAAUUUAAUGUAAAAUUGUAAAAACGGCAUUCCAAGGAUGAAGAAGCUGUCGAAAUCAAUUUCUCCGAAGGAGAAGAAGACAGAGGGGGACAUUUACGCCUUCAACGAGGUGGACGAGAACGAAGUCGGAGGUCGUAAGAAGAAAAGAAAAGUGUUAAAGGUAAAAAAGAUCAGGUCGAAAAAGGGAAACACGGAAGCGAACCUCAUAAGCAAAGCAGAAAGAAAGGUGCUCUUAAAUGCUCAUAUAAAACAUAAAAAAACAUUGACGAACAGCGAGAAAAUAGAGUUAGAAGACGACGACCGGAAGGCGAAGGAAAACAAAAAAGCAAAACCGAAAGUGCGCAAAAAUCAAGAUGUUCCAGUUGUAAAACGAGCACUGAGAAAGGUCCUGAGUGACAAAAAUGAAAAUGUCCCAGAAGAACCAAAGACGAGAAAUUGCAGCACUCCCAGUAGGCAUGUCAAUCCAUUUAUUCAAGUUUUUGAUAAAAUCACACCGAAUAAAAGUACUUUACAUCAUUUAGCCUUGUCUCCGGCGUCCUUGCAAGGAUGUUCUCCGAUCCCUGGGGGUUCUCCGAGGCCUACUUGUAUCUCAUCGACACCGAAAUAUAUACCUUGCGUCAUGGAGCCUAGUCCCGAUCGAGAACUUCCUGAUAAAUCUCACUCCACACCCAUUCACAAUAGUUUAGAUGCUUCAACAGUACAUCAUUUUAGCGACAUCACCCCAGUUAAAUAUCACGAAGACGAAACCUGCACCACCGUACUUAUUGAUCCGAAGCGGUUCAACACAUCUAAUUGUUUUGGCUUUGACGAACCUGAAAUUAGUUUAAAAGAGACCUUAGAUUUAUCAGUAAGGAAUCCUGAGUGUGAAUUUAUUGUACAUAAGAAUGCCUGUAUUGAUAGAGAGACAGUGCCGACUAAAGAAGUCAUAAAAAGGCUUAGGUUUGAGUUGAAUGAACCAGAUACAACUGUAGAACCAUCCAGCAAAGAGGAAACAGAAGAAUUGAUGACAACUUCACGUAUUCCUGAGGAUACUUCAAUAUUAUUGACUGAAGAAGUUCAACAUCCUAAAAGUGUGUUUGACCCAAAACAACAAGCUGAGGAAUCAAACAUGAUAAAGCUGCCUAGACGUUCGUACGAAAGACAGAUGAGGCCAAAGAGGAAAAAAAUUAUAAUUUGUGGAAAAAUAGAACACGACGAUGAAGAGUUAUCAGAUGAGGAUGAGGAGGAAGAAAAAAAGCCUAAAUCGUAUAAAAAGAAAGGAGGAAAGAAACAGGGGAAACCAAAUGAAAAACAAGAUCCUGCAAUGGAAAAAUGGAUAAAAGAGUUUAAUUCACAGUGUCAGCAAGUUGACAAAUUUGAUCUCUGUGUAGAGUAGAACUGGAAGCUUUAGAAAAAGGAAUUUAAAAAAAUAUUUGUGAUUUAUAGUUCCAUAUUUAAAUGUUUUCUGUGCAUGUGUAUAUCAUCAGGUUGUUUUUUUAAUCUAUUUAAUUAUUAAUAAAGCUGGUCAUCAUUUUAUUCUGUACAUUUUUUAAAUACUGUUCAUGUAAAAACUAAAUUAUUGUAAUUGUGUUUAAUACUUUUUAAACACUCUUGAUGAAAAUGUUACUCUUUCUUUUGAUUUAAGCAAUAGGGAUAAUGAAUAAAAACUACUUACAACGUA